AGCCCCAAAUCUUUUCCCCAAACCCCACCCACCCACGCGCGCACCGGCCACCCCCGCAAUGGCGGCGGCGGCGGCGGCGUCUCCGGCCACCGCGCAGUCCUCCUUCCCCUCCACCCGCAAGGCAACGCUGCUCUCCUUCCGCGUCUCGAGCAAGCUCAGAGUCUCCGCCGCGGCGGCAUCGGCCGACCCGCCCCCGGCCUUCAGGUCCGUCACGGCGUUCGCUCCGGCCACGGUGGCAAACAUGGGCCCGGGCUUCGAUUUCCUGGGCUGCGCCGUCGCCGACGCCUCGCUCUCCCUCGGCGACACCGUGACCGCCACGCUCGACCCCACGCUGCCCGCCGGCACGGUCGCCAUCUCGGGCAUCACCUCCCCGUCCUUCCCGCGCCUCGCCGAACGCCUCUCCCGCGACCCGCUCCGCAACUGCGCCGGCAUUGCCGCCGUCGCCGCGCUCAGCGCCCUCGGCGUCCGCUCGCACGGCGUCUCGCUCAGCCUCGCCAAGGGCCUGCCGCUCGGCUCCGGCCUGGGCUCCUCGGCCGCCUCCGCAGCCGCCGCCGCCAAGGCCGUGGACGCGCUCUUCGGCUCGCUGCUCCCCCGCGACGGCCUCGUGCUCGCCGGCCUCGAGUCCGAGAAGGCCGUCAGCGGCUUCCACGCCGACAACAUCGCCCCGGCCAUCCUCGGGGGCUUCGUCCUCGUGCGGAGCUAUGAGCCUUUCCGCCUCGUCCAGCUCCCCUGCCCGCCCGCACUCCACCUCUGCUUCGUCCUCGUCACGCCUGAGUUCGAGGCGCCCACCAGCAGGAUGCGCGCCGCCCUGCCCAAGAACGUCGCCCUCAGCCACCACACCCGCAAUUCCAGCCAGGCUGCUGCGCUCGUCGCUGCCGUCCUGCAGGGUGACGCCGCCCUCAUCGGUUCGGCAAUGUCGUCUGACUUCAUAGUCGAGCCCACCAGGGCGCCGCUGAUUCCCGGCAUGGCCUCGGUGAAGGCCGCCGCCCUGGAAGCCGGAGCGCUAGGAUGCACCAUCAGCGGAGCGGGCCCAACCGCCGUGGCUGUCAUCGAGGGAGAGGAGAAGGGGGAGGAGGUCACGCGGAGGAUGGUUGACGCCUUCCUUUCAGUGGGGAAACUGAAAGCCACCGCCACCAUCGCGCAGCUUGAUAGAGAUGGCGCCAGGGUUAUCUCCACCUCAAGUUUGGAGUAGGAAGGUACAUUGUCUUGCUUGUCUGGUUUGUGUAUGUGUAUUACACUGACUGAACAUGUUGUCGGUGAUUUGGUGCGGUAGGUGUUUGGAAGUUCUCCCAAAUUAGUGUAUUAUCACUCGGUUGUCAGUUCUAAUUGUUUGUUAAAUGUUCUUAAUGAGUGGAUCGAUUUACCAUUUAAUUUGAAAUUGUAAUCGUAUUAUCAAUCCCUGACCGAGUGGCACAACUUGUUGGACAGCAGCCUCAAAGCAACAUGGCGGUGUAUCAUUCCCUCUGUUAA